AACGAAGACGUUUCACUUCCCGACACACCAUCGAAACCAUUGACAUAUUCGCGCACAAACAGCAGCUCAGGAAAAUCAUUAAAUUUAAGCACAGAAAAUUUACUGGACUCGACGUCCAGCACACGUUACAAUGUAGGUUCAAAUUUGACUAAGGCACGCGCUAUGAGUGUAGAGAAUUUAAAUGAUGCAGCACGCCAAUACCAGCUAGCAAAACAGUUACCUACACAAACUUAUUCCGAUUCAAUGUACUCAUUGAACACACUCAAUACAGAUUACACACAAAGUUACGCUUCAUUGCCACGACGCCACCCAGCGGUACAUCACUUAGAACGACGCACCAGUUUUUCCGGUCAACCAGCUUAUGUACCGGAUGAAGCGUCACGCAAGGCAGCUAUAACAAAUAUAUUAGAGCAAAGACGUCGUAGUUUAUCAAAAUUGCGUGGUCUAGUGAUACCCGAACGUCCACACAUACCAAUGUCCACAUUGGAACCCAUUUUGGAUUUGCCAGAGAUCAAAAGUCGUGAUAGUGAGAAAAUAAAAUCGGGCAACACAUCAUCUACAGAUUCAACAGACAGUGGUUUAAGUUCCGGUAGUACUUCAACGCAUGCACCCAGACCAGCCAAACGCACAGAAUUUACGCACAAUUCGAACCUUAACAACUCGUUACGCCCACUUAGCGUGUCAACCACUGGUAACGCAAUGCAUGUGCCUACAAACAAUCCAUACCGCAGCAUUUUCGCACAAAACUCAGCCAAUCGGCAUAGUACCAGUCAAACUCCAGUCGUUGCACAGCGUAAGAUAGAACCAGCUUAUGCCGGUGUACCUCCUGCAAAGCCACCACGUACUUCAUUGAAUGUACCUUCUCGUCAUCUGCACGAAGAAAGUGAUUCUGACUCUGUAUUUUCUUCCAAGAUCUCUUCACCUCCAAUGUCACCAAGCGUACCAGUAGUGCCCGAGAAAUUCGCGCUCACCCGUACACUAUCAUCCGAAACAAAUACCUCUAUUGCUAGCUCCACAACAUCGACACUCACAUCUGGCUCCGGUUCACAAGCAAGCUGCAGCUCUAUUGGUAGCACUCCUACUGUAGACUUAUCCAGGCGCGUACUUAAAUCAGGUUCAAAUGAAUCAGCCGCCAAUCGCAAAAACAUCUUAGCCUCUGCUAAAUGUCGUAACGGACGCGGUGAUUCUUCGGCUUUAAUGCGCAAUCGUCCCUAUGACGACGAAGACAGUACUGAUUGCAACGAUGAAGAUGAAAUACGUCGUGUGCACAAAUCCAAACCACGUUCCUCUUCAGGUGGCUCCUUAGUUAUGCAACCAAACAAAAUUAUCUGCACAACAGCGCCCAUCAGUUAUAAAGUCGCUUCGAAACAAGAUGAAAGCAUUGUCGAUAAGGUCAUUAAUGUUGCCGCCUAUGUAGAAGUGACAUCCGAUACUGACGACAGUAGUCGUAAGUCGGAUGCUGCUACUUCACCAACUAAAGUCAGUGCCAUGUUUAUCGAUGAAGAACGAAAGGCGAGUUUCAAAGCCGAUCCAUCACAAAAAGCUUCGUCUCCAAAAGCUGUAAUGCCAGCAAAAAUUGUUUCUACUGUGAGUUCCGUACCCGUGCAACCAAUCAGUCCACAAAAAGCAAUGGAGGCCACUUCUCCAAUAUCCAAAAAAUGCAAUAAUGACACAAAUGAGCUAUCGCAAUGGAUGCGUGUAGAAGUUGCGAAAACCGUCACAAAAACACCAGAACGCACACUUAAGCCGGUAUUCGAAAAACUAGAAUCAACAAAUACAAAAAUCUACAGCAGUUACAGCUCAAGAAGCGGAAGUAAUACUAGCAAAAUAACAACUGCCGAAAUACGUGAAAAAUUUGAAAGAAGCGCUGCUGCCUCAGGUACGACAAUAUCGCCGACCGUUUCAACAAAUAGUUUGCUAAGCACAAAAAUUCACACCAGAACUAAUUAUCACGAACGCUUCUCGUCAUUGGAUUCAGUGACUUCGUCAUCGUCUGGUGUUAGUUCUAGUACACAAAAUAUUUCCGCUCAAGACAACAACAACGAGUUUGGCAGCUUUUCAUCGCUUGGCAGCAAUCAGAGCUUGAUCACUGCACAAGAUAUACAACUUAUUGUGGAAGAAGCUGAUCCACCAUUAAAAACACCCGAAGCCUUUAUUAUUGUAUUACAACGAGACACACCCGAAAGCAGCAUUGGCGUUACAUUGGCCGGUGGUUCAGAUUAUGAAGCUAAAGAAAUCACGAUACAUAAAAUUCUAACGAACACACCAGCAGCUAAAGACGGACGUCUUAAGAAAGGAGAUCGCAUUUUGGCUGUCAAUGGUAUGAGCAUGAGAGGAUUAACGCAUCGUGAGUCUAUAACUGUUUUGAAGACACCACGUCCAGAGGUUGUCUUAGUUGUGACUCGUUCCGAAUCAGUUGUUGUAAAAACAAUGAAUAAGAAACGCUCAUCGCUCGGCUCACUGUCCUCACUUAACGAGAAACCCGCCGAGGUGGAUUAUGAGAAGAAAAGAAACUAUCAUAAAGCAUCACGAUCAUUGGAUCUUGAUUUAGAUAUAGUAUCCGCUGAGGAUGAUGUCGCACAAACAAAAACACCUUCAACUCCAAGUACAGCCUCAAGCAGUCCACAGCCACCUUCAUUGGCUGCAACUAUUAACGAUGCCACGACAAUAGCGAGCAUACGUGCUAGACGUCAGCUUUCACGUGGUGAUGCCAGCAAACUGAGCACUAGUGAACUAUUAGAAAGAGCCGCAGAAACAAGAAAUGCCUUAGCAGCAGAAAUCAGAGCUCAAGAAGACGGUCCUGCUGGUUCCAAAACAAUAGAAAUUGUUAAGGAUAGCUGUGGUCUUGGUUUCUCAAUUGAAGGUGGCUUCGACUCUCCAAUUGGUAAUAGACCAUUAAUUGUGAAGAAAGUUUUUAUGGGUGGUGCUGCACAAAAAACUGGUCAAGUUAGAAAUGGCGAUGAAAUCCUUUUUAUUAAUGGCGUGCCCACAGCUAAAAUGACACGCGUUGAUGCCUGGAACUACAUGAAACAACUGCCGUUGGGUCCAGUUCGGAUUGUAUUUGCCUAAAAGAAUAAACUAAAAUUAUUAAAAAAA